UUUAGUGACGUAUUUCACAUGUUAUUAAUGGCUACACACCACAGAAAUUCGGCAGGACAAGGCAAAAAGAAAGUUCAGGUUUCUUUUGUUAUCCGAGAUGAAGUUGAACGACAUCACAGAUCUGGGAUUAACUCCCUUCAGUUUGACCCACUUAUUAACAGAUUAUACUCCGCUGGGAGAGACUCCAUCAUCAGAAUAUUUAACACAAAGACAAACAAGGAUCCAUACAUGUUAUCUAUGGAGCACCAUACAGACUGGGUCAAUGAUAUUGUCCUCUGCUGCGGUGGCAGAACAUUAAUUUCUGCAUCAAGUGACACAACAGUUAAAGUAUGGAACGCUCACAAAGGUUUCUGUAUGUCAACAUUACGUACUCAUAAGGAUUAUGUGAAGGCACUAGCUUAUGCCAGAGAUAAAGAACAGGUAGCCUCAGCAGGAUUAGAUAGGGCCAUUUUCCUGUGGGACGUUAACACACUGACAGCUCUUACUGCUUCAAAUAAUACAGUUACAACAUCAAGUUUAAAUGGAAAUAAGGAUUCUAUCUACAGCUUAGCAAUGAAUCCUCCGGGUUCUGUCAUAGUGUCAGGGUCUACCGAAAAGGUGUUGAGGGUUUGGGACCCCAGGACGUGUCAGAAACUGAUGAAAUUAAAGGGUCAUGCUGAUAAUGUAAAGGCUUUGGUCCUAAAUAGAGAUGGUACUCAGUGUUUGUCUGGUAGUUCUGAUGGAACAAUAAGAUUAUGGUCUCUAGGACAACAGAGAUGUGUUUCUACGUUCAGAGUACAUGACGAGGGGGUUUGGACCUUACAGGCAAACGAUUCAUUUUCUGUGGUGUAUUCUGCUGGACGUGACCGUAGAGUGUGGGCAACAGACAUCAGAAAUCCAGAAUAUAGAACUCUUAUUUGUGAAGAGAAGGCACCAGUCUUAAGGCUUGAAUUAUCCAAUGUAGAACAACCAUCAUUAUGGGUAGCAACAACAGAUUCCUGUAUCAAAAACUGGCCUUUACAGAAAGUUUCCAAGCGAAUGUCAGGUGGUUACGACAACGAUACAGUUUCACCUAUUUAUACACAACCAGAUUUUACCAUUAAAGGAGGGUCCAGUAUUAGACAGUAUUAUGUAUUGAAUGACAAACGACACAUUCUGACCAAAGAUACUGACGAUCAUGUGGCAUUGUGGGAUGUCUUAACGGCCAGGAAAGUGGAAGAUUUAGGAAAAGUAGAUUUCGAAGAUGAAAUAAAGAAAAGAUUUAAGAUGGUUUAUGUACCAAACUGGUUUACUGUAGAUCUGAAAACAGGGUUAUUAACGAUACACUUGGAUGAAUCUGACUGUUUUGCUGCCUGGAUGUCGGCCAAAGAACUGGGUCUAGUUGCUGCUAAUGAAAGUACAGAUACUAAAUUAAAUAUUGGUCAGCAGCUUCUUCAAGCAUUACUGGAACACUGGCCUAAAACACAUAUAUUUGAAGGUCAAGAUAAUAUAAAUGGUAUGAUGACAGACAGUGGCGCUGGUGACGCCUGUCAACCUUACUUCUGUGUUCCUGGUCAUACACCUGUGAUAUUCUGUGAGGUUGGAGGCCGAGCUCUAUUCAGACUACUAGCCAGAGAUGCUGGUGGUGAUACAGAACAAAUGUUACUGAAUGAGACAGUACCUUCCUGGGUGGUGGAUGUUGUCGUUCAUAGAAAUACACCAAAAUCCAACAAGAUACCAUUCUUCUUACAACCUCAUCCCUGUACUGGUAUUAAAACAAUCAAAAAAGACAGAUUGUCAGCUAGUGAUAUGAUACAGGUCAGAAAGGUCAUAGAGCAUGUGUAUGAGAAAGUUCUUGGUCAGGGGUCAGAAACUGGGUCACAGUCAGGAGGGAACGGGGGAGGAGAGAAAACAGAGAAAGAAAAAUCAUCAGAUUCUGCUAUGACAGAAGAGAAAGUAGAAUUAUUGUGCAAUGAACAGGUCUUGGAUGCCAACAUGGACUUAAGGACAGUGAAACAUUUCAUCUGGAAACAGAGUGGAGAUCUAACUUUACAUUAUAGACCCAUAACUAAUAAAUGAACACUAAACACUAAAUAUAUAGUAAAAUGAAUUUAGUCAGAAAUUCACAAUAUGGGAGAUCUCAUCAGUGUUACAAAUAUACAUUAAAGACCUUUGUAAUAUUUAGUCAGAAAUUCACUAAAUGUUAGAUCUUAUCAGAGCCAUAUAUAUACCUGAAACCUUAGUGAUAUUCACUGAGGUUAAAGUUGGAGAACUGAUAUUGUUAAACCUUUAGAACUGAUGUAGAAAUCUCAUACUAAAGAUCUUUGGGGUAUUCACCGAGGUUAAAGUUGGAGGACUGAUAUUGUGAUGAUGUAGAAAUCUCAUACAGAAGAUCUUUGAAGAAAUGUUUGUGCAAUAGAACUGUUGUCAGACCAGGGAGUUAUGUGGAUGUAAGACAUGGUAGAUUGACAGCAGAUACAUUGUAUAUUUACUAUAAGUCUGAUAUUGAAAGUUGUUAAAUGUAUGUAACUUUUUAUUAUAUUUGAAGUAUAUAGUUAGAAGUGAGCAAUGCACCAGAAUGUUUAAGUUGACAGUAUAGCUUUGGAGAAAGUUGAUCGGAAUAGAUACUGAGGAACCCUUAAUGUAUCUUAGUGAAAAUUAUUACAAGAAAUCUUAUUAUUUGUUACAUCUAUCUAUUAACCCAAUGGACUGUGCAAGUACUCAUUAACACAUGGAGUUGUAGGCUCUUAUUUAAUCCUCCCGUAUAAUUAUCUCUUUUAAAUCUGAGGAUAGCAGUUAAAAAAGAUUCAUGCUGCUUGUCAUUUUUGAAGAUGUCUAUAAAUCUAUAUACACUUUAUUCUGAUAAACCGGUGUAGGUACAAAGGUACACAGAGAAGAACAUAGACAUUAUACAGUAAUAUAAAUCUGAAAAUUUCACAAUUUUAGUAUUUUUGAAGCAUAGUUUUUCUUUAUUAUUUUUGUCUUAUCUAAUAAAAUAGAUUUUUUUUUUGGGCAACAAUUUUAACCUGUUAGAAUGGAUUUCUGUUUUAUAUAUUAAUGACUGUGAAUGGUCAGGAUCAGAUUAAAUUGUUUUAUCAAACUAUCCCCUAUCAGAAAAACAUCAUAAUUAUGAAGUCUAUGCUUCAUGAACUUCUCCCUCGUUUGUCAAAACUGUUUUGUAUUGAAUGAAAUGUUACAUUUUAUGUUAGUCUUUUCAGUCAAGAUAGUGUAGUGUCAUUAAUUUAAAAAGAGUCAUUAUAAUCAGAUUCUGGUACUAUAAAGUGGGAAAUAGUUGUGAUGGGUUUAUUAUUUUCCUACUUUUUCAAUGAAGAUAAAAUCUUGGAAAAAAAGAAUUGAAAUAUUUUAUUUGGAAACAUUUUCGUGUGGAUUAACAAUAAUUUAAUUAUAAAUGAACUAGAGAGAUCAUAGAUAUCUUGAUCAAUUCAUUUAGUAAAAAGUUCUGUAAAACAGAAGAUCUUAAUUGUAUGAAGGCUUUGUUAUAUUCACUGAGGUUCAGUUUGAGAACUGAUCUUGCAAUCAAGAUUAUGCCAUGAAAAUAUCCUCUCCUUUUAAGUUGAUUGUUUAGGAAGAUCAGAAGAUAAGACAAUAAAAUACCCAGAAAACUCAGCAAAAUUUAUCCAUUUAUAGUUUAAUUAAUGGUACACAGACUGAAGGCAUUAAUAAUUUGUUGUUAAUAUUUGUUUUAUUUUGUUAUAAAUAAAUUAUUUAUUUUAAUUA